AAGCUGGCCUUCAUCACUCACCUCCUUGGCCCAGACGCUGGUCGUCCCGCACAUAAUGCCUCGAGCCGGUCUCGUUUGUCUUAUUUUUUUCUUUCUAUGCGCUGGCCUCGCAUCAUCCGCGCCAGUACCAGAACGUGUAUCGAGCAACAUCGAGAGUUUCGCCGCACGCUACGACCAUGAUUUAGAUGUACGAUUCCUCGAUUUCGAUUUGCUUGAAGGACGAGAUAACCUGCUUGACGAGCGGGACCUCGACCUGUUGGACGACGAACUUUAUGCCCGCAAUACCGCACCUCACACCGAACAACUUUAUCGACGCACCUCCAUCUUCACGAAAAUCAAGCAAGGCUUCCAAAAGCUUGGGCGGAAAAUCAAGUCAGGGUUCCAAAAAGCCGGCGCGGCAAUAAAAAAGGGAUUCCAAAAGUUCGGACAGAAAGUGAAGUCUGGAUUCCAAAAAGCCGGCGCAGCCAUCAAGACGGGAUUCCAGAAAUUUGGUCAGAAAGCGAAAGCUGGUUUCCAAAAGGCUGGUGCUGCGAUUAAGAAGGGAUUCCAGACAUUUGGUCAGAAAGCGAAAGCUGGUUUCCAAAAAGCUGGCAAGGCGAUAAAGAAAGGGUUCCAAAAAGUUGGCCAGUUUAUCAAAACGACUGGGGCCAAGAUAGCCAAGUUCGGGCUCAAAAUCGUAUCGGCUGCUGCAGGUGUCCUGGGUACCGUUGCUAGGUUUAUUCCUGGCAUCGGGACAGGACUAUCAGCGGCCUUAAAAGGUGUACAAAAGGGCACAGAUGCAGCGUCCAACGCGAUUCACGCGAACCUUGGGAGUAAGCUCGAGAAAGGAAUGAAAGCGCUGAACAUCAUCGGGGACCCCAUCGGUGCUGGUAUCAAAGCUGCGGCAAAGGGCGUUGCGAAGAAGGUAAAGCAUCACUGAGAAGGAAAUAAGAACCAACUGGGCCGAAACAUUACGUUGUUAUUAUACCUUUGCCAUGUUAUUGUUAGCGGCAUGCAUACCCUCUGCAGAUCAGUGGUAGAAAUCGAUGCAAUGAGAUUGAUAUACACACGUCA